AUGCAGACAAUGCAGGUUUCCAACGACCAAUCGCCGCGAAUAGUCCGCCCCAGUGAAAUAUUCAGAAUCCAGGAACCCUUUAUGUAAAAAGUGUUAGAAAUAUUGUUAGUGAAUUUGCAGCUUUUUAUGUAGACAGUGUGAUAUAGGCGGGAUAUAGUGACGCAGCCAGUAAUCAAAACACAAUGGAGAGCUUUGCAGUAGCAGCCGCGCAACUGGGGCCACACUUUGCCCCCCUGUCCAAUGGAUCGGUGGUGGACAAGGUCACGCCCGACAUGGCCCACCUGAUCAGCCCGUACUGGAAUCAGUUCCCCGCCAUGGACCCCAUUUGGGCCAAGAUCCUGACCGCCUACAUGAUCAUCAUCGGCAUGAUUUCCUGGUGCGGAAAUGGCGUGGUGAUCUACAUAUUCGCCACCACCAAAUCACUGCGCACGCCCGCUAACCUGCUGGUCAUCAACCUGGCCAUCUCCGACUUCGGCAUCAUGAUCACCAACACGCCCAUGAUGGGCAUAAAUCUGUAUUUCGAGACCUGGGUGCUCGGACCCAUGAUGUGCGACAUCUACGCCGGACUGGGCUCGGCCUUUGGCUGCAGCUCCAUCUGGUCCAUGUGCAUGAUCUCCCUGGAUCGCUACCAAGUGAUCGUCAAGGGCAUGGCUGGCCGGCCGAUGACCAUUCCGCUGGCCCUGGGCAAGAUUGCCUACAUCUGGUUCAUGUCGAGCAUUUGGUGCCUGGCGCCCGCCUUCGGCUGGAGCAGGUAUGUGCCGGAGGGUAACCUGACCUCGUGCGGUAUUGACUACUUGGAACGCGACUGGAACCCACGCUCAUACCUGAUCUUCUACUCCAUCUUCGUAUACUAUAUUCCGUUGUUCCUGAUCUGCUACUCUUACUGGUUCAUCAUUGCUGCUGUCUCCGCCCACGAGAAGGCCAUGCGCGAGCAGGCCAAGAAGAUGAAUGUCAAGUCCCUCCGCUCCUCUGAGGAUGCCGAGAAGAGCGCCGAGGGCAAGCUGGCCAAGGUGGCUCUGGUCACCAUCACCCUGUGGUUCAUGGCGUGGACACCAUACCUGGUCAUCAACUGCAUGGGACUGUUCAAGUUCGAGGGCCUCACACCACUGAACACCAUUUGGGGAGCUUGCUUCGCCAAGUCGGCCGCCUGCUACAAUCCAAUUGUAUACGGCAUCAGCCAUCCCAAAUACCGCCUGGCCCUCAAGGAAAAGUGUCCUUGCUGCGUCUUUGGCAAGGUCGACGAUGGCAAAUCGAGCGAUGCCCAAUCCCAGGCCACCGCCAGCGAGGCCGAGUCCAAGGCAUAAAUUCUUUGGCGCAACAACCAGAACAGCAACAACAAAAACAACAACAUCUAACUACUUACAACAGCAACAACAACAGCAACAAAAACAACAGCAAGAACAACUGCAGCAACAGAACGAAACGCUUUCGAAUAACAUCAAAAACUUCAAGAAUAAUGAAAAAAUUAUGCAACUUUCUUACAUAACAAAAAGCAAUGUAAACUCAGUUAUUAAAUUUCCUGCAAUGUCAGUUAAGGACAACAAAAAACUAAACAAAAAAAAUAAAUGCAAACGAACUAGAAAAGUUAUAAAUUAAAAA